GGGGGCGAAGUCCUCACAGAAGUGGAGUGGGGGGGGCGAGGCCAGAGGAAGUGGCUGGGCCUGAACUUGGCACUGUGCCUGACCCAAGGGCUUGGGCAUCCCCCUACCCUCAGCUUUGCUUCCUAAAGCCACUUCUCAGGAGCAGGGACCCUCCUGCAUCUCCUCUGUUCUCUGACUCCCGGUUACUUGUAGCCCUGGGGAAUGAAGAAUAAGUGUCUGAGCCUAGGAGUGAAACCCAAGUGCUGGUGACAGAAUUCAUCUUAGUUUUGGGGAACUGGUUUUAUUUCCCUUCUAUCCACGUAGUGAGUGGCACUGAACGCCUGUGACUCUGCCCUUCCAUCCUUGGAUUGUUGGUUGGGGAAGCUGCCUGCUUUCCAGAUUGCUGACAGUCAAAGAACUUCUGAGGUUCUCUACAGUUCUUUGGUGGCCUCACCUUACUGGCCUCUGUAACCUGGAGAAUUUGUUUCCAGAAAGUUCAGGAGCCCUGGAAAGGAGAAGGAAUAAGACGUCAGGAGGAAGAGAGAGAGAGGGUAGAAUGGAAGAGUCUCACUUCAAUUCUAACCCGUACUUCUGGCCUUCUAUCCCCACAGUCUCAGGGCAGAUUGAAAACACAAUGUUCAUCAACAAGAUGAAGGAUCAGCUAUUGCCAGAAAAGGGCUGUGGACUGGCGCCACCUCACUACCCCACUUUGCUGACAGUGCCUGCCUCAGUGUCCCUGUCCUCGGGCAUUAGCAUGGACACAGAGUCCAAGUCAGAACAGCUGACCCCCCACAGUCAGGCAUCUGUUACCCAGAACAUUACUGUGGUCCCUGUACCGUCCACAGGACUGAUGACUGCAGGAGUCUCCUGUUCUCAGAGGUGGAGAAGAGAAGGGAGUCAAUCAAGGGGUCCUGGUUUGGUAAUCACAUCCCCCUCAGGCUCUCUUGUGACCACAGCCUCAUCAGCUCAGACCUUCCCUAUUUCGGCUCCCAUGAUUGUCUCAGCUCUUCCCCCUGGCUCACAAGCCCUGCAGGUGGUCCCUGACCUCUCCAAGAAGGUAGUCACCCUAACUGAGGAAGGAGGCGGAGGUGGUGGUGGAGGUGGCAAUGUGGCUCCUCCUAAACCUCCUCGGGGCCGCAAGAAGAAGCGGAUGCUGGAAUCAGGGCUUCCUGAGAUGAAUGACCCUUACGUCCUUGCCCCCGAUGACGAUGACCAUCAGAAAGAUGGCAAGACUUACAGGAGCGAAGGGAACUGCGGCACAGGAAAUGGACAGAGCCUUGGGCUCAUGGAUUCAGUUCCCGGCUCCACCACGAACUUGCUGUGUGACCCUGGGUGCCGGAUGUGCUCACUGACCUUCUACUCAAAGUCGGAGAUGCAGAUCCACUCCAAGUCACACACCGAGACCAAGCCCCACAAGUGCCCGCACUGCUCCAAGACCUUCGCCAACAGCUCCUACCUGGCCCAGCACAUCCGAAUCCACUCGGGGGCCAAGCCCUACAGUUGUAACUUUUGUGAGAAAUCCUUCCGCCAGCUCUCCCACCUGCAGCAGCACACCCGGAUUCACUCCAAGAUGCACACGGAGACCAUCAAGCCCCACAAGUGCCCGCACUGCUCCAAGACCUUCGCCAACACCUCCUACCUGGCCCAGCACCUCCGAAUCCACUCGGGGGCCAAGCCCUACAACUGUUCCUACUGCCAGAAGGCCUUCCGCCAGCUCUCCCACCUCCAGCAGCACACACGAAUCCACACCGGUGACAGACCAUACAAAUGUGCACACCCGGGCUGUGAGAAGGCCUUCACACAACUCUCCAACCUGCAGUCUCACAGACGGCAGCACAACAAAGAUAAACCCUUCAAGUGCCACAAUUGUCACCGAGCGUAUACAGACGCAGCCUCACUGGAGGCCCACUUGUCUACACAUACGGUGAAGCACGCCAAGGUGUACACCUGCACAAUCUGUAGUCGGGCGUACACAUCGGAAACAUACCUUAUGAAACAUAUGCGCAAACACAACCCUCCUGAUCUUCAGCAACAAGUGCAAGCAGCGGCGGCGGCAGCAGCAGUGGCCCAGGCCCAGGCCCAGGCCCAGGCCCAGGCUCAGGCUCAGGCCCAGGCCCAGGCCCAGGCCCAGGCCCAGGCUCAGGCUCAGGCUCAGGCCCAGGCUCAGGCUCAGCAGCAGCAACAGCAGCAACAGCCACCACCCCCACAACCACCACACUUCCAGUCGCCUGGGGCAGCUCCCCAAGGUGGGGGUGGUGGGGACAGCAACCCGAACCCUCCACCCCAGUGUUCCUUUGACCUGACCCCCUAUAAGACGGCAGAGCAUCAUAAAGACAUCUGCCUCACCGUCACCACCAGCACCAUCCAGGUGGAGCACCUGGCCAGCUCUUAGAGAUCCGUACUGCAUCCACUGGAAAGAGGGAGGAGAAGUUCUGGUCCCUCCUCUGUCAACUCCUCUUGUUGGGAAAGUUCUCUUCUUCCUUGACAAGUCCUGUCUCCAGCUCCUUGGUCCUCAGGCAUGGCUUCCUCCGCAAGAUAACCAUCCUUAAUCUCAGCUGCUCCUGAUUGACAAAGGAAUCCUGAGCUGAUAGUGUUAUCCAACAGCCCCAUGCAAGCAGAGCUUUUAAAACUGGGGGUUGGUGCUUGAGAGAGGAUCUGCUAUGACCUCACAUCUUGUCCAGUGUGGGCACUUACCUUUCUCUCUUCUCAUCCUCAAAGUUGGGGCCGAUAGAAGGCUAGCGGCUGGCCUCCCAGAUAACAGAAAAGGAAGCUCUAAACGCAACCAGCCUUCCGUUCUACGCUUACCUGUAAAAAAACAGGUUUUGCACGUGGCCUGACCCCUGUGAGCCAUUUUCUUUCCCUUACAUGGUCUCACUUCCUAUUGGGUGGUGACUCUACCUUUUUAUUUGUAAGGGGGACAGUAGCUGAUACAUGGUCGCCAAGGUGCCAGAGAUUCCCCAGGUGACCAAGGGUGGUAUAAGAGUAUGGGUUAUGAUUUUUCCUUCAAGUCUCCUUCCUUCUCUGCCAACCAAGGGCCUAUAUACUCCGCCUCACCACCCCAAGGAGCUGUGGGAGCUGUGUUCUCUGCAAAACCCCAGCCAGGUUAUUGCAGAGAAGGGAGAAGUCAGAGCACACACAAGGACUGGACUUAGCUCCCUAGGUGCCACGGUCAGAUGCCAGACAUGGAUUUAUAUAUAAAUAUAUAUAUAUAAAUAUAUAUAUAUAUACCUGCUCAUCACGGCCAUCUUUGUUGUAACCAUUUCUGUGUUUAUAAAUGCAUUAUCUCUGAGAAUUUUCAUAUU